UGGGCAUCUUCCAACCAUAGCUGGCGGCGUUGGUCGUCGGCGGGAGCGGCAUCUAAUUGCUCCCCACGCAACGCCGCAAGUCCCACCAGCACGCAAGCCCAUAAAGCAUGGGCGCCGCUGCUUCGAUCGAAGGGGCAGCGCCGGCGCCAGCCCCCUUGGCGGUCGACGAGGCGCCCGCGCCGCCAAUGAAAAACGAGGACGACGACUGGUCCUGGCGGCGGCUCGAAUUAGGACGCUUCACCGUGCGCGGCGUCGACGUCGUGGGCUGCGGCGCCCACUGCGUCGUGCGGAAGGACGAGACCGGGUCGGUCGCGGUCAAGUAUUAUGGAGGCGACGACGCGGCGGAGAGGCUCGCGCGCGAGGUCCGGCGACUCAAGCAGUUGGAUGAGAACCGGAUCAUUGCAUAUGGCAGCAAUGACGAAGGCCGCUGCUUACUCGCCUCGCCAUUGUACGAGGACGCGCUCGCGGACCACGUCUGUGGACUGUGCUCCAGAGCCGCUCCAGCAGGUGCGGUGGCCCGCAUCGUGCGAGAUAUCGCGCAAGCCUUAGCCCAUGCGCAUGCGUUGGGCAUCGUGCACGGCGACGUCAAGCCGGCGAACGUAGCACGAAAGAAUCGAAACGAGCCGUGGGUGCUGCUCGACUGGGACGACGCGCUCGACGUGGGUUCUUGUACGUCUCUAAGCUUCUUCACGGAGUUAUAUGCGGCGCCCGAAUGCCUCCUCAUGGACGAGCUGGCGAUCACACCAUCAAUAGACGUGUGGGGGCUGGGCGCGACGGCUUUGGAGGCCCUGACCGCGGGCGCGCAUCCCCUAUCGGGCGAGCUCGACGCGCGGGGCGCCGGCUUCGCGAGUUGGUUGGGAUGCGCGUCGGCCGACGCGGUCGAUGCGUUCUGGGCUUCCUUUGGAGAGGGUCCCGUGCUGGAUUUCGUGAGAACGUUGUGCGCGCUCGACGCGGCGGCGAGGCCCGCCGCGUCAGUCGUCGCCGCGACGGCGCUUGAACUUACGGCGUCGCUGCCCGAGGGCGACGUAGACGCGCCGGAGGAGGCGCCGGCGCCGACGCGGCGGCGGCGGGCCUUUUCGUUCUUCCGCGACGAGUUCCUGCCGGAGCGGCUCGCGGCGGGCGUCGAGCGCAAACGGGCGGUACGCGAGUUGACGAAGGAGUUCGCGGCUCUGAAGCGAACCGACGCCGAGGCGGUGGCGGUGUACGCCUCCCGCGCGAGCGCCGCGAACGGUGAGCUGAGCCCGGUGGUCGUUAGCGUGCGGUAAUGUUGUUUUGUUGAUGAAUGCCUUUUUUCUAGUGUGUCAAUAAGCCGCUAGCUCGCAUCCAUGCGCUGGCACUCAGUUCACUGUACAGCGGUGCAUAUACGAGCUGGCUACCCUGCCAAGGGGUUUAUUUUCGACUGCUUCUGGCUGCGACAACACAAGUUACAGACGUGCGACCGUCAAUUUUAAGAAUCUUUGCUUGGAGAGCUAGCCACCUAAACACCACUCCGACGCGAGGCCUGCAUCAAUC